CAAUCUACCAAUAAUGCAGGGGGUUACCUUCUACAUUUUAUUUCUAUAUGUAGUGUUUCGACCAUUCAUGAGCACGGAGGAUAUAGAAGUCCCGAAGUUACUUGAACAAAUUUUGACACUGUGUGGAACUGGACAUUUUUGUUACCUAAAUAAAACACUGUUUCCGUGGGAGGUCAAGGAUUCAGCACUAUACCCACGUUGUCCGCCAUGUUUUUGCGAUCAGGAGUGUUUCAUUAGAGGUGAUUGUUGUCCCGAUAUGUUCUUCUCUCCUCCAGUGCCGACCUGUAAGAAUGUCACGAUCGUUAAUGCCUCAUCGAACUACUUUGAAAGAAAACAACGGACAUCAUAUUUAAUGAUUGACUCUUGUCCACACAACACAGAGAUUAAUGUUCUCAAAAGAUGCGAAAAUGUCACGAAUGACGUCGAUAAACUGAAAUACCCACCAGUUACAAGUUACCAUACUACUCGAACGUAUUACAACCGGUUUUGUGCGAUUUGCAACGAUGAUUUCAAUUUUUUUACCUGGCCUAUUGAUAUAGUCUGUGAUCAAUUUCUGGACAUCAAUUUUAUGUCAACCUUUGAUGAAGUCAUCAAAAAUGCCAUGGCGCGAAAAUGUGUGCUACAGUCAUAUCCUCCAAAUGAAAAUAUCUCUUACAACUGUUACAAAGAAAACGAGCAUUAUUUUAAUUCUUGUAAUAAAACAGGGACGUGGAAACAUUACAUCCAGAUUGUUGAAUACGGAUGUGAUGCGGAUUAUUUUAAUAAUGAUACAUUGUUCAAAAAUAUGUUUUGUAAAAUGUGUAAUCCAACAUUCACUGCUGUCAAUACAAUAUCUCGGUGCAACGUGAGUGGAAUGUGGGAUACGUUUAACCGUACAGCGAAUAACGCAUGCUUAUAUUAUCGAGACAACUCUGGGACUUUGCCAUAUAAGAAUUUAUUUUGCUAUUUGUGUAACCGACCAAAUUCAUCAAACUUUCCAUUUUUCGAUGUUAGCUUGGACAUAAGUACCGAGCUUUUAUUUCGUAAUGAAUCCUCUGUACCUAUAUUUUACUUUUAUGUCGAUGUGCGGGAAUUUUCAGAGGAAUAUUUUCUUUUAAUUAAACAAAAAGUUUUUGAACAGUUCGGAGAAAUAAAAAUGAUAAAUCAAUCACGUGAUCUAGUUUUGAUGAAACACAAUAACAGUGAUUUAACAAAUCUUGUGCAUAAGUCGUAUUCAAUGGACUUUGUAUCGGGAACGUGUGGGGAAUACAAAAUUCCAACAAAGUUCAAAUUUGGCUCUAACUGUUCAUGUGAUGCAUCUUGCAUUUUCCUCAUUGGAAGCAAGUAUUGCUGUCAAGAUCUGUUUCUGAUGUAUCCUACAACUUGCUUAAAAGAAAGAAUAUUUUCGAAAUCGGAUCCAAACAGAACAAUUAACGAAAGUUUAGUGACAAAUGGGUGUUAUGGUCUAGAUCAUUAUCCAGAAUUUAUAGGUCAAAGGUGUAGGAAACCACCGGGAGAUGUAUUUUCUAUUCAGCCAGUCACGGACUUAUCGACAGGCAUUCCAUAUUUAAAUAUGUACUGUUUACUGUGUAGUGUUGCUCGAAGAGAAAAAAUCUACAAACCCUGGACGAUGAAGUCACAUUGUUUUUCAUAUAUCGAACACACAAACUUCUUGCAUUAUAGUAGUUUUAUAAAAUCUUUACGAGAAGCUGAUUGCAAUAUGACGCUUUAUCCGCCAACAGACAGUCGAAAAUGUGACAAACUCACGACCUAUAUUGUAGAGAAAUGCAACAAAACGGGACACUGGCCAAUGAUAGACUUAGAUGUAAGGUGGGCAUGCGAAGAUCUUCCAUAUACACAAAAUCAACAAUGGAAUGCGUAUAAUGAGUUCGGAGGGGGUACAUAUAAAAACAUUUAUUGUGCUAUGUGCAACCCAUAUAGAGGUGUGGAGAUAACAAUUGACAAGUGUCCAGACACAUAUAAUAUAAUAUAUAAUUAUAUAAUUGGGGAUAAAUGCGAUUUUUUUCCAAAGGUGUACUUCUAUGCCCCUUACAAGAAUUUGUAUUGUGCAAUAUGCAAUACUAUCGACAUGUCAAUGGAUUGCGGGUCAGUUGUUGGAAAUGAAGAGGGAGAAGAGAAUUUGGUAUCAAAUUCCAUUGUUUGGUAUCCUUUGCUACGCAGUUUGUUUUCCGUCAGUGGGAAUUAUGACGAGAUGGAUUUUGAUUCGCUGCUUGGUUGGAUGUGCUCAAAUGACCAAAUUUACGACCCAUUCCUUGGAAUCUGUAGGAAUAUAACAUGCUUUCCCGGAAAGUAUUUAAUUCGUGGAGAAAGCUGCAUCCCACUUUUUUCAAUUACCAAAAAUCUUCGAUAUAAUUUGGAUAUAACUUUCAAGGGAUUUUCUAAGUACAAGAUAUCAGAGGAAAAUAUUCAAGAUCUAGUCACAGAUUUGAUACCAUUCAAAAUUAAGAAAAUUGUAAAGCUAACACAAAAUCUUUUUUUUAACAUUUUCCGUAUAGAAUAUGUUCAGAAGGACUACGGAAAAUUCCAUGGAUGGAUUCACUCUACAAUAUUCAUCAAUGAAUCUGUUCAUCGAUUGAAAACGGAAAGAUUGCUAAUACAAUUUACUGAAACUAACUUGGAAUACAUCUGCAAUGAUACAUUUAUUUUGUUUGAUUUCAAGAAAAAAUAUUUUUCUUUAGCGAAGAAUAACAACAACAGAACAGAACUAGAACAAGAAAAAGAUCGAUGUUCACAUACAACUUAUGGUUCCUCCUGGGAUCAUAUAUUACGAUAUCGUGCAGUACAUAUCACUAAUGUAUUGAUAUGCAAACAAGUGGAAUUCAAAUUAGAGGAGUAUGAAUUUGAUAGCAUUCAAAACGUGGUGUUUUUGAAGAGCUACGAUAUUUCUCUACCUGCUGCAAAUGCUGAUAUAUCAAAGAAUGGGACUAUCAGAGUGUGUGUUGAUGUCUUAAUGUCUAGUAUCAAUAGGGGGAACAAUUUUAGAAGAAUUCUACUUAUACUCACUGUUACAUUUUCUAUAUUAUCGUGUGUAUGUCUGUUGAUGACUUUUCUCACAUACUGCUUCUUCGGGGAACUAAGAUCCCUUGCAGGGAAAACAAUAAUGGUUCUUGUUUUUACUAUCUUUACCAUAAAUAUUGUAUCUCUGACAAGUUAUGGGGAAAACAAAAACAGCAAAAAAUGUGUUGCUGUUGGUAUUCUUCUUCAUUAUUUCUGGCUUUCGUCUUUUACAAGUAUGAACAUCUGUUGUUUUCAUAUGUAUCGGGUUUUUCACGCAAGAAUACCUCUGCAAGUAAACAAUGAAAAGUUCCUGUUUAUCAAGUAUUGUAUUUAUAUCUUUCUCUUGCCAUUUUUGACUGUUUUUGGGUAUUUGAUUACCAUGUUUUCAGUCUGGGGGAAUGUUGGUUAUGGAAAGCAAGAUUGUUUCAUAGAUGGAAAAAUGUCCUUAAUUUUCACUUUUCUAGUCCCGGUUGGAUUUCUCUGCAUCGGUAAUGUCUUUUUCUUCUCACAGACAAUACGUGCAAUCAAACUUUCUCCAACAGUUUCUAGCAAUAAACCCGAAAGGAACGAUUUUCUAAUAUGUGUACGCUUAUUUCCUGUCACAGGGGUCAUUUGGCUUUUGCAGAUUUUAGACGGUCUUUUACCGCAAAGUUAUUUCACGUACAUUAUUUCCGUUAUGAACACAUCACAGGGCGUCUUCAUAUUCCUGGGUUUUGUUUGCAAUAAGAGGACAAUUCUUAUGUUCAAAAAAACAUUUAAGGAAAAGACGGGAAUCACUAAAAGUACUGAUCUCAAAAGUGCGUGUGAAACACCCAAAAUGAUGAAAUGUGAGAGCAGUUUUUAGUUUUGGACAUCAAAUUAUCG